AUGGUUGCUAAACCAAAUACAACACUAACUAUAACCAGUUAUUUUUACGAUUAUUUAAAAAAUAAAAGAUAUGAAGAAAAUCAAAAUAAUCAAGAAUAUUUUGGUAAUAAUAAUGGUACACAUAGACUUCGCCAUGAAUAUGAAUAUCUUGAACGUUGUAACAGAGAAUGUUGUGCUGAAAGAAGUAAAAUAAUGCAACAAAAUACAGAAAAUUAUUAUGGAAAAUUGAAAAGAAAAGAUGUUACUGAUGAUAAUAAUACAAAACAAACGUAA